AUGACGGAUCCCAAUGGUUACCAGGCAUACUACGGUCAGCCUGGCAACCCUCCGGCGGCCUCCCAAGCCGCGACCGGUCGCUACGAGACAUACCCCCCAGCAAAGCCCUGCUCAGAACCAGCAGCUGCCGAGACGGAUGCCAAGCUACAACGCCGAUACUCGGUACAAAGCAGUGGGUAUGGCGGCGGCAUGGGACAAGGAGGCUACAAUAUUUCUUCAGGGGGUUACGAGGAUGAUCGUGAAUCGUCGUUGUUUUCGCGCACUCCAUCCGACCAUUCGCAAAUGUCGCCCACGCGCGCCUCGUCGCAUACGAGUGUCUCCAGCUAUGGAUACCGAUACCCUGCAUCUUCGAGUCAACCUGCGUACAACCCUCAGCAAUAUGGCCUGCCGCACUCACAGACGCAGCCGAACCUUACUUACAACCCGUCAAACUAUACGACCCCCAGCAAUAAUGCGCCCUAUCCGAAUACCCCUUCGAGCCAUCAGCCUUAUAACCCAGCAGCAUACCAGACGUCUGCGGUUGCUGGUCUGAGCUCACCAGUUCUUGCCCGACGACCGAGCGAAGCCUCGCCUUAUGGGCCGACACCUCCCACCCCGCAGUCCUAUGGAUUCGGCAAUCAGCAGCAGCAGCCACCUAUACCCCCUCCUCGGGGAGCUGAUCACCCGUAUGGAAGUCGACCCUCUCCGUAUGGGUCAACGCUUGUGGCUUCAGGCCAGCCGAAUAUGAGCCCUAUUUCCACCUCCUACCAGCCAGUUUCGUCAUCGACCACGAGCAGUUAUGCGACCUCAAAUUCUCCACAAGCCGCCUAUGAUCCUCCAUCUGCGUCUCGUCCCUAUUUCCCCGUUGCGGCCGGGUUUGGCUCCGACUCACCAUACCCUACUCCCACUAUCCCUCCAGUGAGCAGCAACUAUGAUGAGCAGCCACCAGAGCCACCGGCUCAUCAGCCCCAAGGAAAUGGACUGUAUGGGAAAUGGACCGGUCUACCCCAUUCGGCUUCUGCGCGGACUCUUCCAACGCCUCCCGUACAAGACCUACCUAUUCUGCCUCCCAGGCGAACAGAAACCUUGACUAGACACCCACAAUCCCGACCUCUGCCUGGUCCACCUAUGGAUGCCGAGCCUGAUUUUAAUGGACCGCCUGAACCUCCGCGGCCGGGCAACGUACAUAAUGACGAUUUAAUGAAGGAGCUUGAGACGGCAGUAAUGGACACGCAGGCAACGUUCUCACGGCGCCAUAGCUCUAGGACGUCGUAUAAUGGCUCGGGAUCGCAUGUGCGCCUAUCACCAGACGAGCAGCAUACCCACACCAACGGCAACGUGUCCGAAUUCCAGAUCAACUAUGGCGCCUAUAGUGAUGACAGCGAGGCUGAGGCUGAAGCAGGGCUUGCGAUGUUACGCAUGGCAGAGGAGGAGGAGCAAGCCCGACAAGAGCGGGAGCGCAUGCAAGGCCGCAACCGACGGUCCACAAACGCUUCGGUGAUGAGUUCUCGUUCACACGACUCUCAAACAUCACCCAGUGGACCGUCGCCGCGACAUGCAUCCCCUAGACAGCCAUCGUCACGGGGAGCUUCACCGCACUUAGUGCCUCAGGAAGACGGCGACUUUAUUGACCAUGAUCUUGCGUUGUACGAAGGAGGCUACCAGGGAAAUCUUCAUUACGGGAAUGAGCCAGUGUACAGCUCCGAGGAACACUCGGAAGCGGCGACGGGCGGGGGGUUACAACGUACUCAUGAUUCUUUUAGAAGCUCCGACAUCUCCCCCGAUGAGCGUGGAGAGUACUAUGAAGACUAUGAACAUCCUCCAAUUGCCUAUGAGUAUGCAAAUCGCUUGCAUAAUCUCCCUUCAGACGCCCGCGUGGAUGCUGGGGGUACCGGCGGGUUGUCUGCCCCUGGACACUACGGCCGCCGAUUGAGCUUCGAUUAUGGCGAAGAUGCCGAAAGCCCCUACGAGCCGCAGCAGCAAGAGGGAUAUCAGUCGGGCGACGAGAGCCAACACGGCGGCUCACCUGAAGAUCUCUUCUUCCACCCUGGCAUGCGUCCACUGCCACCUGCACCAGUCGAGCCCGCUGGUGCCGGUGGUCCGGACUUGUACAGCCACCUGGUGCCUGCUGGUACAUACCGACCGCAAGAGCAGGACGAGAUGCAGGGCCAACAGCAGUAUAGACACCCUCCUUCCAUCACGACGUCCGUGGACCCAUAUGGAGAGCAGAUGCUCAGUCCAUCUCAAGUCCCGCGGUCGUCAUCUCUAUCGACCCCCAUUGGACCUCGUACUGAUGCACCUAUCAGGUCAAAGACCGAUGCGGACCGUGUCAAGUACAAGCAGCAGCAAGAAUAUCUCUGGCAGCUACAGCAGAAAGACCUGCCCAAGAUCGAUCCCACUGAGGCGGCUGCUUCUGUUGCUUUGGAUCUGCCGACCAUUCCUGCUGCGCGCCGUAAGAAGUUCAAUCCAACAAAGCUGUCGUCGGAGCAAUUCAAGAAGUGCACGGAGCCAUGGGCACUCAGCUCCAUUCUGGCCUGGAUCAAGGAUCUUAGUCAGGAUGAGAGCGAUCUCCGUGAGCAGGCUAUCGCUGACGCGAUUGUGGCACUGUUUACCCACAAGGUGCCGACGAUGAAUAUCGCCGAUGCCGAAACUCUUGCAGCUCGGGUAGUGAGUAACAUGCUCAAGGAGGAGGCUCUGGUCAAGGAAGAGGAGUGGGUCAAAUUCAGCAGUGGACGCAUUUCUGGUGUUCUGUUCCAGAUCACGGGAACUGGAUGCUAUUCGCCUAUGUUGCAUGAGCAGGAGAUGCACAUCCAGGAUACCGACUCCUAUGGACGCUGCUAUUCUCAUCACUGCAUGCGAACUUUGAAGAAGGUCAACCUCAAAGCGCAGAUGAUGGCCCCGCAGAAGAAGAUGGAGGACUGGGUGACUUUCUACAAGGUGCCUAAAGAAGUAUGGGAGUCCCAUCCGAGGAAGGAAGUCGACCGACAGAACAACUUGCACGAGAUUGUGACCACGGAGGACGCCUACAUUGGGCAGCUAGAUGUCCUACGCGAGCUCUACCGUGACCAGCUGGCCCAUAUGAACCCUCCAAUCAUCCCGGCCAAGCGAUUGAACAAGUUCUUGACCGACGUCUUUGGCAAGGUCGACGCGGUGAAGAAGGUGAAUGAAGAUUUCUUGCUGGCACAGCUCAAGUAUCGUCAAAAGGAGCAGGGUCCCUUCAUUGUCGGAUUCAGCGAAAUUUUCCGCGAAUGGAUUCGCAAAGCGAAGAACGUUUACAUUGAUUAUGCUGCAACGUUCCCCCACGCCAAUCACUAUGUCCGACGCGAAUCCGACCGUAACCCGCAGUUCAAGGCUUUCUUGAACCAAGUGCGUGAGCACAAGCUGUCCAACCGGUUGAGCUGGGAUACUUUCCUCAAGGCUCCCAUUACUCGGAUCCAGCGGUACACACUUCUGCUUGCCACCGUGCAUAGGAACAUGGUCAAGGACUCGGAGGAGAAGACCAACUUGGCGCAAGCCAUUGAGGAAAUCAAGGUUGUUGCAUUGGAGUGUGACAACAAGGUCGGCGAGCAGAGCAAGAAGACUGAUCUGAUGGAUUUGGCAAGCAAGCUCCAGCUUCGACCGGAGAUGAAGAAAGAAGUUGAACUCAAUCUGGACCACAUGGGCCGUGAGGUUGUCUUCCGGGGCGACCUGCAGCGUCCCGGCACGCGAACUCGAUUCCUCGUUGAUACGCAUGCUAUUCUUUUCGAUCACUACUUCGUUCUGGCCAAGUCAUUCACCGCACGGGAUGCGCGGAUUGGCAAGUACGAGCGAUACGAUGUCUCGAAAUUACCCAUUCCAAUGGAUCUCCUGGCGUUGGAAAGCACCAAAGACGACCCUGUUGUCAAGUCUUCCGUUCGCGGUGUUGCAACUGUCACUCCUGCUCAAGGGGCUGUGAGCCCUCUGAAUGGCCCUUCUGCUAACGGAACUGGAGUUACCCUGGACUCGAAAGAUGACAAGAUUUUGUAUCCGUUCAAGAUCAAGCAUCUCGGCAAGAAUGGCACGUACACGCUUUACGCAUUUUCAGCAAAUAGCCGUAUCGAAUGGUGCCAAAAGAUCAUCGAAGCGAAGACCAAGCACGCUGCUGCUUUGUUCUCACAAAAUGCCGAGCCCUUCAGAUUGCGGGUUCUUGCAGAUACCGCGUUUUCAUACUCGGAUCAUACACAUGGAUCGAAGAGUGUUAUGAUUAAGGGUACUCCGUUGCACCGUGCUAUCAAGGAGGUUGAGAAGCAGUAUGAGGCUGGAGCUAGACCUCCGCCUGUGUGCAAGACUGGUGUGAACUGCGCGACUGUCUUCCAGCAGCCUCCUGGCCGAAUGAUGUGUGCCAUUGGUACUGAUAAUGGAGUGUACAUGUCUGAUCUUAGUGACCCGCGUGGUUGGUAUCGGGCUAUUCCCAUCAUGCGGGUGACGCAAGUGGCCGUCUUCGAGGACUUUAACCUCUUCUUGUUGAUUGCGGAUCGCUCUCUGAUUGCCUACCAUCUUGAUGUGGUGUGUCCUGCUAGUGGCGUUCCAUCACAAUCGCAAGACUCCGCCCGUCGAGCUCCACAGAAGCUCUCUGGCAACCGUGAAGUCGGCUUCUUUGCUGCAGGCCGUAUGAAAGACCGCUACUUGGUUCUGUACAAGAAGCGCGACGGCCUUUCUUCGACCUUCAAGGUUCUCGAGCCUAUCCUCCAGAAAUCAUCCUCCAACAGGAGUCGCUUCUUCCAGUCACGUCGCUCUCAAACCGAGUUCUUCCGCGAGUAUGACGAAUUCUACAUCCCCGCCGAGUCCUACGGAAUCAACAUGUUCCACUCCUCCCUUGCCAUCUCCACACAGCGCGGCAUUGAGGUACUCACCCUUGACAAGAAGCAGUCGUGGUCUGUACCAGAUUUCCGCUCCGCAACACCUGAUGCCACCGACACGCUCCAUAGCAUCGCACAGCGCAUCAGAGAUCUUCGCCCUCUGGGCAUGUUCCGACUCAGCGAGAGCGAGUUCUUGGUUGCAUACCAGGAAUGUGCAGUGUACGUCAACAAGCACGGCGACGUGUCUCGAAGCGUGGUGAUGGAGUUUGUGGGUAGUGCGCAUACGGCCUGUCUACAUGGCAAGUUCCUCAUCCUGUUCAACGAUGACUUUGUUGAGGUCCGCAAUGCCAUGAAUGGUCGGUUGAGACAAGUUAUCCCGGGCCACAGCGUGGUCUGUCUUGAUGACGGAAGCAAGUUGCCUGGUUCAUUUGGCCAAGCUGCCGCUGGCAAUAUGAGCGGUUUCUCCGGUAGCGCUAACGGCGCCUCGCCCGCAGCUGUUGGGCAUACGGUGAAGAUCUGCAUGCAGCAUCCUGCGUACGAGCGUAGUCAGAUCGUGCUUGAGUUGGUUGAGAAUGAAGGCCAGAAGGAGUAA